AUGCAUCUUUCACCAUAUACAUGCGAACAUACCCAAGCGAGUGAACAUGAAAACGUUGAUCUUGUGAUUCCAACGAAAGAGCAAACACUUCUUGAAGCUUAUAAACAAUGGCGUGAACGAGCUGAUGCAAAAGUUUGUUGUGAUUAUGGCUUACAUGUUGCUAUUACACAUUGGAAUGAACAAGUCGCAGCAGAUAUGGAAACGCUUGCGAAAGAACAAGGUGUUAAUUCGUUUAAAGUUUACAUGGCUUAUUCGGAUAGUUUUAUGUUACAUGAUGAUGAAAUCUUUCAAGUUUUUGCUAAAUGUCGUGAAAUUGGUGCCAUCGCAAUGGUUCAUGCUGAAAAUGGCUUAGUUAUCAAAGAAUUAGAAAAAGAAAUGCUCAAACUUGGCAUAACAGGACCUGAAGGCCAUCUUCUUAGUCGUCCGGAAAAGCUUGAAGCUGAAGCUACAUAUCGAGUAAUAACGAUAGCUGAACAAACUCGGUGUCCACUGUAUGUUGAACAUGUGACAAGUAAAGCAGCAGCAGAUAAAGUACAAGAAGCACGAUUACAAGGUCAAAUCGUUUUUGGUGCAUCGAACACAGCAAGUUUAGGUACUGAUGGAUCACAUUAUUUUAAUAAAUGUUGGCGUCAUGGAGCUAUUCAUGUAAUGUCACCACCUCUUCGUGAUGAUUCAACAACAGGACCUUAUCUUAUGGAUUGUUUAGCUAAUGGCUCAUUAUCAACAACUGCUUCUGAUCAUUGUACAUUUAAUGGAAAUCAAAAAGCUUUAGGCAAAGAUGAUUUUCGAAACAUUCCCCAUGGUGUUAAUGGUAUUGAAGAUCGUUUAUCAGUUAUCUGGACUAAAGGUGUUGAAACCGGCAAACUUGAUAUCAAUCAAUUUGUUGCUGUAACUAGUACCAAUGCAGCACGCAUUUUCAAUAUGUAUCCAAAGAAAGGCCGCAUUGCAGUUGGUUCUGAUGGCGAUUGUUUAAUAUGGGAUUCAGAAGCAACAAAAACAAUAUCAGCUUCAACGCAUCAUCAAGCAUGUGAUUUUAAUAUAUUCGAAACAUUUGAAUGCCGUGGCUUACCAGUAAUUACUAUUGUUGAUGGUAAAAUUGCUUAUGAACACGGACAAUUAAAUGCUGUGCAAGGCUCAGGAAAAUAUAUUGAAACAGGAUGUUUUACGGAUUAUGUUUAUCAAAAAUUAACCAAACGAGAACAACUUCGUGCAGGAAUACUUAAACAGCAAAUAGUUGAACGUGAAUUAUAUACAGGUGAUGUUGUUGAUGUAACUAAAUCAUUUUCAAAUGAAUCAAAAACAAGUCCAAAACAUGCUAAUCAUGAAUUGCCAGCUGCUGGUUUUCAUAAUCGACCAGCAACACGUGCUGGAGCAAGAAAUCUAUUUGAUUCAAGUUUUAUGUUAUCAGGUGAACAAUGGGAUGAUGGAAGUGUUCGAAAAACAACUCGUGUACAACAACCACCAGGUGGACAAUCCAAAGGAUUAUGGUGA